AUGCACCGCGCCCUCACCCUCCCCGAAGUCCUCCUCUCCAUAAUCUCUUACCUUCCCACCCGGGACCUCCUAACCUGCCAUGCCGUCUCAUCCGGCUGGCGCCGCAUCCUCGUCGCAAACCUACCCGCUCGAAUGCGUCCACUACCCGACACACCCUCCUCUCCUCUCUUCCAAAAACCCACGCUUGUCCUACCAGAUCCCAUACGCAGCCUAGCCCGUUCACUCAAUCUCCGGCCAAAAGAGCUCAUUGAUUGGAUCGCCCAGCCAGAGGUCGAGACUGAAUACCUGAACUGGCGGUUUGCGGUGACAGAUGAGCUUCAGGAAGCGUUGGGACCGUAUAUGCAUCCUUUGAUAGCGGCGCAUGCGUAUGAUUUGACGGGUGGGAUAGAAGAUGUAGCAAGGGGGCAGAUGGGUAUUUCCAUUGGGACAGAGAUGAAGCUAGAAGAGUUUGAACGGAUGCUUGAGAUAGGAGAUAGUGAAGAGGAAGGGAUGAAAUACUUGACGCAGCCAGUGACGAAGAUGACAAGGAGUGGUUAA